CUCCCGGGCCGCGCAAGGAGCCAGGAUGGCCUGGGCGCUGAAGCUGCCGCUGGCCGACGAAGUGAUCGAAUCCGGACUCGUGCAGGACUUUGAUGCCAGCCUGUCCGGAAUCGGCCAGGAGCUGGGUGCCGGCGCCUACAGCAUGAGCGAUGUCCUUGCACUGCCCAUUUUUAAGCAAGAAGAGUCCAGUUUGCCUCCUGACAAUGAGAAUAAAAUCCUGCCUUUUCAGUACGUGCUUUGUGCCGCCACGUCCCCGGCGGUGAAGCUCCACGACGAAACCCUGACGUAUCUGAACCAAGGGCAGUCUUAUGAAAUUCGAAUGCUAGACAAUAGGAAACUUGGAGAGCUUCCAGAAAUUAAUGGCAAGUUAGUAAAGAGUAUAUUUCGUGUAGUGUUCCAUGACAGGCGUCUGCAGUACACUGAACAUCAACAGCUGGAGGGCUGGAGGUGGAACCGGCCUGGAGAUAGAAUUCUCGACAUAGAUAUCCCAAUGUCUGUGGGUAUAAUUGAUCCUAGGGCCAAUCCAACCCAGCUCAACACGGUGGAGUUCCUAUGGGACCCUGCGAAGAGGACCUCUGUAUUUAUUCAGGUGCACUGUAUCAGCACAGAGUUCACCAUGAGAAAACACGGUGGAGAAAAGGGGGUGCCGUUCCGAGUACAGAUUGAUACCUUCAAGGAGAAUGAGAAUGGAGAAUAUACUGAGCACUUGCACUCAGCCAGCUGCCAGAUCAAAGUCUUCAAGCCUAAAGGUGCAGACAGAAAACAAAAAACAGACAGAGAGAAAAUGGAGAAACGAACACCUCACGAAAAGGAGAAAUACCAGCCUUCAUAUGAGACGACUAUUCUCACAGAGUGUUCUCCGUGGCCUGAGAUCACGUAUGUCAAUAAUUCCCCCUCACCUGGCUUCAGCAGUUCCCACAGCAGCUUUUCUCUCGGGGAAGGAAAUGGUUCACCAAGCCACCAGCCAGAGCCGCCCCCACCAGUCACAGAUAAUCUCUUGCCAACAACCACACCUCAGGAAGCUCAGCAGUGGCUACAUCGAAACCGUUUUUCCACUUUCACAAGGCUAUUCACAAACUUCUCAGGAGCAGAUUUACUGAAACUAACUCGAGAUGAUGUGAUCCAGAUUUGUGGUCCAGCGGAUGGAAUCAGGCUCUUUAAUGCAUUAAAAGGCCGGAUGGUGCGCCCGAGGCUGACCAUAUACGUUUGUCAGGAGUCCUUGCAGUUGAGGGAGCAGCAGCAACAGAAGCAUGAGGAUGGAGACUCAAAUGGUACUUUCUUCGUGUACCAUGCCAUCUAUCUCGAAGAACUGACUGCUGUUGAACUGACAGAAAAAAUUGCUCAGCUCUUCAGUAUUUCCCCUCGUCAGAUCAGCCAGAUCUACAAGCAGGGGCCGACAGGGAUCCACGUGCUCAUUAGUGAUGAGAUGAUACAGAACUUUCAGGAAGAAGCCUGUUUUAUUCUGGACACAAUGAAAGCAGAAACCAAUGAUAGCUAUCAUAUCAUACUGAAGUAGGUGUGGGACAUUCCAGCCUCAGACUGUUGCUUCCUUCACCUUUUGGAAACGUCCCUUGAAGGGGCUCAGAAGUAGAGACUUGAAGGUCUGCAGGAACCUGACUCAUCUGAUUGUGUGUGGGGAGUCGAGAUGUUGGCGACAGAGUCCAACCAUCUGUGUGGAUGCAGCCCGGGGCACACACAGGUCACUGCCCAACUGGCAUGUCAGCAGCUGUUUCUUAGUUAAAAUUACUGGACCCUGACAUUGAAAAUCUUUAGAAACACCGCAUUAUUUAGGGUGUAUGUAGGACAUAAUGAUGAGAGUUGUGUGGUGUUUAAUGGAAAGACGUUACAUUUUUUUUUGUGAUAUAGAGCCAUAUGUUUUUUUCUAAUAUAAAAGUGAAUAUCUAUAUUCCUAAGACUAGAUCCUCCAUAUCUUUUGCAUCAACAAUACUGGCAUUUUGCCAUAAUUGGGCCCUGAAAAUUCCUUCAAAGAAGAGAAAUACAGUUUUUUUUUUAUUUCCCUUUAGCUUUAUGACUAAUUGUAAUUUUAGCUAACAUUUAUUGAGCAUUUUCUUGUACCAGGCAGUGUGAAAAAUCUUUCAGUGGAUUAUCUUAUUUUAAUCCUUGUAAUAAUUCUGUAUGUAGUAGAUAAUAAUAAUCCCACUUGAAGAUGAGGAAAUGGAGACACACGAUGGCUCCGUGGCUUGUUGACAGGCAGAUGGGAAGUGAAGCUGAAAUCCAAACCCAGGUACCUGGUACUGGUCAAGUGCUGCCCUGUCUUGCCAGCCUCGGCUCUUAACGGUGAAUCAGAUGUAACACUGAGAAAUCAGUGUUACACUGAGAAAUCAGCCACUGAAGAGGGACAAACCACCCCCAAAUUAUGACAGAUAAAUCAGGGCCUACCAAAAAUGAACCCACAGCUCCUUGUUAAGUAUCAACACUUACCAGAUUUAUAGAAUUUUUAAGGUGGUGAAAAACUAGGGAUUAUCUAUAGUGCCCUAAAUUCACUCUAAUUGAAUGACCGCUCAGACUAUGAAUGAAAUGUCCUCUCCCUUCUCCACGUUUCUGUCUGCCUUUUCUCUUGAUAUUGAAGUUCUUUUACUCGUACAGUGUUCUCUUUUAUAACCUUUGCAAGAAAUUCAUUCCGAGCCCAUUCACUCUUCUGACAUUGGGUAUUUGUGUGUAAAACUUUUUUUUUUUCCACAUGUAAAGUUGUAUCCAGAAAUCCCUUUACAUGUUAUGUUGAAGUGAAAAAAAGGAUAAAUGUUCAAGAUUCUGUAUUGAGUUUGGACCUGUGUGUAUGUGUGUUUUAAUGCAUUUGAUAACGUUUUAAAUGUUUUUAUACAGAGGUUUUUGUUCAUUAAAAUAAACCUGCAACAUGG